AUGACUGACUCUGCCAAAGCUGGAAACUUCAUCAACAGCGCCUUCAUCAAGAAACACCAGCUACCCCUUCAGCCACUGCAGCACUACCUAGUUCUCCAUUGUGCUCAGUGUUUCUGCAAAGCCAAGCUGGCGGGCCAGGAGAAUGAUCAUGAGUCCCACGAAGAGGGUAGCAUUCAGGAAGUCCAGGAAAACAGUGACACUGUAUCUUCUGAAUCUCCCCGAGAAGAGAAAAUGAUACGGACUGAAAUGGAGAAGGAGAUUCCCAUGUGUGUGUCUCUGCCCAUUGAGGUGAUGAGUCCUGACCAGGCCUUUCCUUUCCUAAACACCACACUUACGGAUCUGGGUAUUGACGAAUCGGCAGUGAAAGAGCGCGUCGUAUGGGUGGACACCAAGCGCACGCAGGUGAGGAGCAGAUCAGGGAAGGUUAAAGAGAAGGAAGUGUCAGUGCUGGAGGUACGAGUGAAAGCACAACUGCCCGGUCAAACCAAAUGCCAGGAGGUUCUCUACAGCACUGAAUCACACACAGACCGCUCAUACUGCCGCAGCGGCAUCAUCUUCCUGCCAUGGACACACACUCAACCAGUUGACAAUGAGCUGGUGGAAAUGACCCUGGCUUUGGAUACGCAAUCCCAUACCACAAAGGAGAAGUCAGAAGAGCAGACUGCAGUGGAAUAAACAUAGACAAAUAGCAAAUUAAUAUCAUAUCUCACUAAACUCAUACUGUUAUUUGACCUUUUUAGAUAUGAAUUGACUGUAGCCUACUGCUAACUGCAACACUGGGUAAAUACAGACAUACUGUUACUUUGGGGAUUUUAUUGAAUCCUUGUUCAGGUGUAAAAUCCUCAAAACACUCCCAAAACGGUAGCUACAGUUAACCACUAAUAACGGCAUGGAAAGAUGGAACAAUAGUAAUGAUCAUUUCUUCAGGAUAAAUGCAUUUUAAAAGGAGUUUCUAACAGCAGCAAGUAACAUAAGAAAAAACAUCUGCUUUCUUCUUUGUAUAGAAAACUGAAGCAAUGGCUUUUUACUGAAGAUUAAACUAUGUGCUCCACUAAAAACUGGGAAUAUGCAAGGACAUAAACUUCUUCUGAACAUGCUUUGUGAAACUGCUGAUCUCAGCAAGAGCUACUAUACAUUUAAGUGUUUUCAUAAAUAUAUUUUUUCUUUAUAUAAC